GGCGGAGUGAUGUGCAGUCGAAGAGAAGUCACCGUUGGAGGAGGUUGCAAGUGACAAAGUAGGCUAGUCUAACGCCAGUGGGAACAGUUCGUCAGGGUACGCAUCACAUCUUUGCCAUUUCUCUCUCCUAAUGGCAACAGAAGAUAAACGAAUAGCGGUGUCCCAUGUUAUAUCGGAAUCCGGAUCACUCCCUGCUAACCCAAACAAUAAUAACAACAACAAUAAUAACAACAAAGACAGCGAAGGGACCGAAAGUACGACUACCGCUUCGUCCGCGACUGAGACCAGCGGGGCUGAAACGCAAACCAUUGGCAACGGGUCGGGAAUCAACACAGCGAGCGCCAACAAUGGCAAAUGGGUCCGACUUAAUGUUGGCGGCACAGUGUUCCUCACAACACGGCAGACACUGCUUAAAGAACAGACUUCCUUCCUCUAUCGCCUGUGCCAGCAGCAAGACUUGCAUUCUGACACGGAUGACACGGGCGCUUAUGUGAUCGACCGGGACCCCACCUACUUUGGCCCCAUCCUGAACUACCUGCGACAUGGCAAGCUGGUCUACAACAAGGAGCUGGCAGAGGAAGGUGUUUUGGAGGAGGCCGAGUUCUACAACAUCACGCCACUGAUUAAACUCAUAAAGGAGCGCAUUCUGGAGCGGGACAGUAAGACGACCCAGCAACAUGUGCCUCCCAAACACGUGUACCGCGUGCUGCAGUGUCAGGAGGAGGAGCUGACGCAGAUGGUCUCCACCAUGUCGGACGGCUGGAAGUUUGAGCAGGUCAGCGUGCGCUCCUGCCGAAAGCCCCGCCCCGGACUGCUCUGGACUAUGGUGAACAUCGGCUCAUCGUACAGCUAUGGGACAGAGGACCAGGCUGAGUUCCUGUGUGUCGUGUCCAAAGAGCUGCACACACCUGGUGGUGGCCUGGGGACAGAGCAGACCCACAAGACCAAGCCUUCGGAGGCACAGGAGGAGGACACGGCAAGAGAGGAGGAGGAGGAGGAGGAGGAGGAGGAAGGGGAGAGAAAUGGCGCCCCCAAUGAGUGGAUUAGGGACUAGCAGACCACUGUAGAGCACUCGUGCUUCCCCACACACACGGAUGGCUCUUUCAGAUCAAUGGAUCCAGGAUGUAGGAAGACACAGAUUUGAUUAUUUUUUAUUUUCUUUAUUUAUCCUGUUUGUGUGCUGAGGGUUCAUAACUGCAGUGAUGCACUGUUGCUGUGGCUGGCCUUUUUUUGAAUGAUUUUUAUUACAUACAAACAUCAGUGAAAAUCCCUAUAAAGACCUAUGUUAAGACUUAGUAAAACGUUCUUAUCCACUACAAAGAGUUUAAAAAUAUGAAUGAAAAAGAAAGACGUGACACUAAAAUUGGUUCAUUUGAACAGCUGAGGGGGGAUCUUAUUGCAAGUCCUACCAAAGAGGAACACACCUUAGUAAUGUUUUCAACCAAAGAGAGGUGAAUACCCAUCCUGAUAGGCAGCUAAUACUGUAUCAGGUUAGAACCAUCGCAGUUCCACGUCGGUCCCAGCUUCAGCUUCUGUCUAGACAAACACAGUUGUCCUGCGUGGCACUAGCUGAGGUCCGUGGCUUUUGAGAUCCAUGUAUGCACAAAUGGCCCUUGGCUGUAUUGUACCACAACACAAGUAUUUCUGCAUGAACGACAGCCCCUGUAGAUCUUCUGUGUGUAAGUGUUUGCCAGGUUUAUAUGCAUAGCAGUUAUGACACAGUACGUCUGAUGGUGUCGCCACCCCACCCUGGAUACCUGUCCGUGUGUGUGUGUAUCUGGAAGUUACAGAGGAACACCCCUUUGUCGAGGAAGGCUUGAGUUGGCCUGCAGUUAGGGGGUGUGAUGGUGCUCUGCUGGGUACACACUCAGGCACUUGCACUGGCUUGGGUCGAACUUCACCUUCUGUGGGCGUCGGAGAGGGCGUUUAGGCUGCACACUGGGAGAGUCCACGUACUUUAGACAGUGGAUCCCCACUAUUCUACACUCUUCUUUAAUAUGAUGUCAGUUGGCACAAUUUAGAAUGGGUUUGUAAACUGGAUGUACAAACUAUUAAUAGCCUCGUUAUUUUAGCGUUCUGGUUUCACGGUUUUGAUUUUGUUGAUUUGGAUGCUUCCAGAAUUAAUGACGCGUCGUUCAUCCUCAUAUUUAGCCAAACGUUUUCCUAGAUGUCUCAAGGGCUCAUAGCUACAGAAAUCAAUGCUUGUCUGAUCAAUUAUUCCCGUCUAAAUGCGAGUGAGAAACAAAAACGCACCCGCAUCUCGAGAGGAAAUUACACGUCUGUAAGGAUAAUUUGGCGCAUCAAUCAUGGUCGGUCCAACAGCGCGCUCAGCGGGGGUUUCUGCGGAGGGUCGUGAGCCCUGGUGUGACCCAUCAUUAGCAGCCUGCGAGCCCCGGGGGCCCCCGACUGAUGGUGCAGGCAGCUGUCUCUCCACCACUCUGCCUAACGCGCCGGGGGCACCAUUCACUCAAGCCCCUGCAUGCUGUUGUAGUCAGAUUCUGAGACUUCCAUGUUAUAUGGCAGCUCAGGAUAGAAAGACAGUCGCCUGAUAGUUUGUGUGGCAGGUUUUUCGUUGUACCGCUGUUGUUGUUGUUAUUAUCGUUCUUUAGUUAGCAUCAUUUGUUAAUAUUUACAAUUUAGUUUUUUUCUAUUCUGAUUAUCAGAGAGUAUUUUUAGAGACUGGAGUUUUAAUCAGUUCUACGUGUGUCUGUGUGUGCUAGAGCAUACUUUGUAUGUGUGUGUGGCUGUAUCUUUUCUCCUCCCAUCGUUCCCGAAUCCCAUGACGCACUGGCAAUAACUCUCUUGUCAGCCAAGCACAACACUGGGCCAAUCAAUUCACAUUAUGCUCCCGUGAGUCGUAAAUCCAUCACUGUCCUAGGCCAAGUACAAUCACAACAGACAGAUGACUGGCCCAGCCUCUUAAGCGCCUUGAGACAAUUGUAUUGUUAUGGCGCUAUAUAAAUUAAAUUGAAUUGAAUUGAAUUAAAUUGAAUUGAAUUGAGUCCAGUGGGGAAGGGGAGUGGAUGCUCUCACUCAUUUAAGGGAAACCAAAGGAAGUGGUGGUGGGCUGUGCAAAGUACCAUUAAGACAGUUACGUAGGGUAUUUUCUGGAAGGUUUUUAUUUUAAUUUCUGUUGCAAGCUUACUGGCAGAACUGUUUAUUACCGGGUACUUACUUUCAAGGUCAUACUGAAAUAAAGGUUUGCAUUUUGCACAAUAUUCAUUGUAGGUAGUGUUCAUGGAAAUGGUAUACGUUGUUUUUGUUUUCUUUUGAACAUAGUCCACUCAUUGUAGAUGAUGAUCUUUCAUAUAAGCAUGGCUUUGCGUUUAAGCAGGCCACUGGCCGGAUGACCGGAGGCUGGAUUUAUUUCUGACCACUGACCAUCGUGCCAUCUGUGGUGAGGCGGAAGAAGCUCCUCCCUGCUCAGGUCUAGCAUCCGGCCGGGAAGUGCAUCGAUUUGCCACAGUCAUUUCAUUUGGAUUGGUUUCAAACUCUGUGAUUAACCUGUGGGGUUAUGGACUGCUGUACGUGGAGUUUAAAGGGAGCAGUGGGAUCGCUAGUCCUUCAGAGCCCAACAUGAGACUGCUGAGCUGCUGACACAAACAGACGCAGAAGUGCACAGACAGGUCCUCAGGAAAGCUACUUCAAUCACAGCGCCUCAAAUCAGUUUGACACGUAAGCAGGGGAAAGAACUAGGGAGAGGGUGAGAAACACUGAGAAGUUUGUACAUCUGCUCUUCUGUCUUCAAGGUUUCAUGUGUGACACAAAGAGGGAAAUGUGGAGACUCAUAGAUCUAGGUUUUUUUUAACAAAAGGGGGUGGAAGGGUGAUGGGUGAUGUAGUUUUUAAGGUAGUUAUCAUUUGCCUUGUUUAUUUUUUCAAUGGAUUGCUUUUGGUGUUCCCAUGAAUGCUGCUCAUAGCAUGCCGAGGGAAAUAUGGUCAUUAAUUGUCAGUGUGUUUUUUUUACUUUCUUUGAACAUAUUUUUGUAAGUUUUGUGUUGCAAAUAGGUUUAGUUUUGUUAUAUUUUGUAUGUUUUGAACCCCAUUUCUGUUUGUCAGCAUGUUCCAGUAUCUAAGUUAGGGAAUGGAGGUCUUUAAUGAAAAUUCUGAGAAUUAUUGGUGUAAAGCAGUCAUCUUAGUCUGGACCUCAGACAUUUCUAGAACUCCCUACUGUAAACCCCAGACUUCUUGGUCACAUAGACCCAACAAGCAGAUUCUCUUCUGGACCUUGAGGAUCUAGAGUAUUGUCUGUGUGUGAACGAGUGUUUGGUAGCGUUUAGUAUCUGCAUGGAUGAUUUUACAUUCCUAAGUUAUUUAUACAUUGGUGUACCGUUUGGUUUCUGCUUACUGUUACGGUUCACAAGAGACUUUCAUUCAUAUUCAUUCAUCAAACAGUCCGUCUGUUUAAAAAAUGGUUAAAUACUUCAAUACUGUAAACAUCUGCAGCAUUGUGCUUUGUCAUACUGUACUUUACCGAACCCAUGUAUAACAGACAUUCUAUAGGUAAUUAUUCUGCAUUAUAAAUUUAGCAAUAUUUCUUCUUUGUUUUACAUGCUAAAGAGGUGUGAACCAGUUCCAAGUCUACCAUCAGUACCAUGCUAAGCAGGGCAUGUCCUUAGAGCAUGUCCUUGUAUACUGAUGGUCUAGUCUUGUAAAUACCAAGUAUAUUGAGUAGAAUUACAAUAAAAGUUUCUUUUCCAAUA